UAAAUAUUUAUGUUACAUGACUAAAAUGGUUUGAGGUUAGUUCCAUGUUGAUACAUAAAGUUUCACCACAAAAAUACACCCGACAUAAAACAUCAGUUAAAAUUUGUUAAACAUCAUGGCGAGCUCGCUGUGGAAACUAUGUAACACCAAUUUAAACCUCAACAUCAAUUCAAGUCUAUGUGGUUCAGUAAGGAACGGUCACCAUUUAAGGGGUAAACCACCAGGAGUGGCAAGAAGCUUAAAAGAGAGACUAGCGGAACUAAACCAAAAGGACCCCAAAAUCCACUACCGAGUAGACAUAGGUCUGCCUCCAAUCGUUCAAUCGCGAUCAAAACAACUGGAAGAACGACUAAAAAUUUUAAAGGCCCAACGAAAAGAUCCAAAGUUGGAAAAACUCGCCCGAAACAAAUCCUUGUUGAUUGAUUUGGACGCAGUGAAACAAGAAUGGCUGAACAGCAGUGCUCCCCAUCACAUAAAAGAAUCAGCAGAUCACUAUGGUGUGUUCGAGCAUCUUUAUGGGGAUGCAUACUUUUACCCCAGGGUGCCUCUGGGUGUUUAUUAUACUCACAACGAUCUGCAGCACCCUGUUUAUUAUGGUAACGUCAUAAAACCUCAGGAAGCAAGUUCAAAGCCAGAGAUAAAAUAUGAGAGUGACGACAAAACUUUGUGGACUUUGGUGUUGACAAAUCCAGAUGGACAUUUUACAGAACAAGAUAAAGAAUAUGUCCAUUGGUUUGUAGGUAACAUUCCUGGCAAUAAAGUAGAAAAUGGUGAAACAAUCAUACAAUACCUGCAACCUUUUCCACCAAAGGGUACAGGCUAUCACAGACAUGUUUUUGUAUUAUAUAAGCAAAAUAAAAAAAUCGACUUCAGCCAAUUUAAAAAGGCAGGACCUUGCACCACUUUGUCUGAAAGGACGUUUUCUACUUACGAGUUUUAUAAAAACUUACAAGAUGAUAUCACACCAGCAGGUCUAGCUUUCUUCCAGGCUGACUGGGAUAAAUCAUUGAAACAAUUUUAUCACAAUGUCCUGGAAAUGAAGGAGCCAAUAUUUGAGUAUGAUUUCCCUGAGCCCUACAUCAAGAAACAAGUAUGGUUCCCCUUAAGACAACCUUUUAAUUUGUACAUGGACAAGUACAGGGAUCCCAAGCAAAUCAACAAGGAGUUCCUUGAGAGGAAAUUGAAAAAUGUUCAUCCAUUUAAGGCACCUCCACCACCUCUACCAUAUCCAAAUGCUCAGUAUUUUGAGGGCUAUGUACCUAGCUGGUUACAAUUGGAAAAGAGGAAGUCUAGGUUGAGGUGGGGAAGGAUUAAUGAUAUUGAAUAAAAGAUGUAUAUGUCUGUUACAAUAAAUUGUUAUAAAAACGUU